CCACGCCUCUCUCUUCAUAUUUCCCCUUAAAAUAAGCCUCGGCAUUUCCGGUUACCCACGCCCGUCUCCCCCUCCCCAAUCUCCAUCUCCCAGUGUACAUAUUCUCUUUCUUUUUUAUGUCUCUAGAAUUUUCUCUGUCUAACUAUAGCUGUAUCUAUAUAUAGAUAUAUAUAGAUAUAUAAAUAGAUAAUUUUGUUUCAAUUGUGUAGUUUACGAACAAGCCCUAGGUUUAUCCGGCGAGAUCCGAUCUUUCCGGCGAGGUUUUCCGGUCGUCGCUCGGAGAUCACAGGGUCUGCGACGACGAUGAUCGAGUCCGGUUCGGAAUGUCCGGUGAGAAUCGAGAAAUGUUAGAUCCGUUCGCUGUGUUCCACGUCCGAUCCAAAAUCUGGCUUCGCAAAAGGAAAAAAAGCCCUGAGAGUCGUUGAUUUGAGUUUGUAUUAUAGUUGUUGUCUAGUAUUUUCUUGGUGGUUGUACAGUUGGGGAAUAGGGUUAGAGUUUGGGGGUUUGUACAGGUGUAGGUGUUCUGGGGAAUUGGAGUGAGUCGUUGAAGGUGGCGAAGAUGAGUUUGAGUGCGGCCGAAGAGGAUUCGGCACAAGAGAUUCAUUUACCGGCUGAUAUUGACUGGGAAAUGCUUGAUAAGUCGAAGUUCUUUUUCCUCGGCGCCGCGCUUUUUUCAGGUGUAUCGGCGACGCUUUAUCCGGUGGUGGUGUUGAAGACGAGGCAGCAGAUAGCUCAAUCUCAAGUUUCUUCUAUCAGAACUGCGUUUUCGAUUGUUAGGCACGAGGGGUUUCGAGCUCUGUAUAGAGGAUUUGGGACUUCUCUAAUGGGUACAAUCCCAGCUCGAGCACUGUACAUGACUGCGCUUGAGGUUACGAAGAGUAAUGUUGGAACAGCGACGGUUAGAUUAGGUUUUCCGGAACCGACUGCGGCGGCCAUCGCCAAUGCAGCGGCGGGUUUGAGCGCUGCAAUGGCAGCACAGCUUGUUUGGACCCCAAUUGAUGUGGUGAGCCAGAGACUUAUGGUGCAAGGUGGUGGUGGUUGUGGUUGUGGACCUGGGGAAAAAUUGAAAAUUCCGAAUGCAUCUUCGUGUAAAUACCUUGGUGGGAUCGAUGCAUUUAGGAAGAUUCUGAACACAGAUGGGCCAAGGGGUUUGUAUAGAGGAUUUGGGAUAUCGAUAUUAACCUAUGCUCCAUCGAAUGCGGUUUGGUGGGCAUCUUACUCUGUUGCACAAAGGCUCAUAUGGAGUGGAAUUGGUGUUUAUUUGUGCAAGAAAGAUGACGAGACUGGUGAAAAUGGUGUAAGCACCUUUAGGCCCGAUUCGAAAACGGUAAUGGCGGUUCAGGGGGUGAGUGCAGCCAUGGCAGGUGGUGUAUCGGCAUUAAUCACAAUGCCCCUCGACACAAUUAAGACGCGAUUACAAGUUUUGGACGGGGAAGAGAAUGGGCGGCGCGGACCGACCAUUGGGCAGACAGUUAGGAAUUUGGUUAGAGAAGGUGGAUGGAUGGCUUGUUACAGAGGUUUGGGGCCUCGGUGGGCUUCAAUGUCCAUGUCUGCAACAACAAUGAUCACUACAUAUGAGUUUCUGAAACGGCUCUCUGCCAAGAAUCAAGAGGCCUUAACGUGAAGAACAGAGGAGAAACAAUGACACCCAAAGAAAAAAAGAACGGGGCGCGUUUGAUCAUUUACCCCAUUCGGAUAUCAGUUGGAUUAAGACCAGUCGGUUUGAUUUUGCUGCCUAUGACUAUUAGGUUGUGAUCAAAUAAUGGGACACUUCAGUUUGUCGGAUUGUACUUGUGUAUGGAACCUUGAAUUGACAUAUUUAGGGCUAAGGGAAAAGCAUUAUCUCUCAAAAUCUUAAUUCCAACAUCUAUCAAUCAAAUGAUUUGGUUUCAUUGUUUACACUCUAUUCUCAUAUGUUUGUAUACCCGAACUUUGAUUUUAUUUAUU